AUGAAGCAGUGGCUACUGCGGCAGGAGAACAUCAUCGCUAGACUGCUUGCGCGCGAAUACGACAGCAACAUCGGUAGGCCGUGCGCAUGUGGCUCGGGCCCCACCACUGCGCGAUGUCAAGAGUGUGGCCAGAAGCCACCGCAGUGUAUCAACUGCAUCCUUCGCGACCACGAGCACCUCCACUACCACUGGAUCGAGCGCUGGAACGGCCGGCACUUCGAGCGCGUAGACCUCACAGAACUCGGACACAUCAUCCACCUCGGCCCCCACAGAGACGCACAAUGCAAAAACUCCUCCAAGAACGCCCAUCCGAUGUACUUCGUCGUGGUGCACACCAACGGCGUCCACCGCUGCCAAGUCCAGUAUUGCCAGUGCGCCGGUUACGAUGAGCAUAUCUAUCAGCUCAUCAGCGCCGGCAUUUGGCCCUCCAGUCUCGAGCGCCCCGAGAGUGCGUUCACUCUCGAUCUUCUUCGCCACUGGCACAUUGACUGGGAUAUAUUGCACAAGAGCGCGCAAGACUUCUUCCGCGUGCUGCAACGUCUGACAAACAAUUCUGCCCCCGACAGUGUCGAGAGUAGGUACAAGGAUCUCCUCAGUGCCUCGCGCAUCUGGCGCCACUUCGCCAUGAUCAGGCGCUCCGGUAGGCAUCACGACCUGGUCAUCCCCAAUGUGCCACCCGGUGCCAUAACGGUGCCCUGUUUCACCUGUCCCUCGCCGGGCUUCAACCUGCCCGAGGAUUGGAAGGAGACACCGCCGCAUCUGAAGUACAUAUAUCGCAUCCUCAUUGGCUGCGAUGGAAACCAUAGCCUGCACAAGAAGACCAAGCGCGAAGACCCGAAUGACGUCAGUCUUGCGGUCGACCAAGGCUACUUUGUUAGCCACCAGAAGAUGUCUGUGUACUUGGAGAAAAGCGUCACGUAUGUAUCCACGAUCUCACGACUCGCACAGUUGCAAACAUGUAGUGGUUUCCAAGUUCUGAAAUCCCUGCGACCCGGGAAGUUCCGCUUCCUGACAGUCAGUGGGAUCAUCGGAACGUUCUGCAAGCAUGUCCUAUUCCGCACAGGCGGCGUAGUUGAUAUGCAGACGGGAGAGCGGCAAGUGCAACCAUCUCACCGGUCUGAGAUCCUACUCACGCCCAUUAAACAGGAGUGGUCACUCCUUAUUCGCCCUCAUAGGAGCAUUACAAGGUACGGAAGAUCUCGAGGAGCGCGCGCUCACGUAUGA